GUCCACGAUUUUACGCGGUACGAGAGUACACAAGAGCAAGUUGCAUUGUUGAUUUGGAUCUCGGAUUUACCAUUUUGUAAAUAUGACCGGUAGAGCGGCCGACCUACAUGCUUCCAAAGAGUUAGCAUUGAAAAAUGCAAUGGAAGAAGAAACGAGGAGAAAAACGGAUCCCAACGAAAGUCACGAAAAAUCACUUAUCGUUCUCGGCUCGAAACAAGUGGGAAAGACAACGAUGAUCCAUAGAUUUCUUGAGAAGGACGACGCACCAAAGCCAACCUUGGCGAUCGACUACUCGUACGGGCGAAAAGCUGGGAAAAGUUUGGUGAAGGACGUGGUACACGUGUGGGAGAUUGGCCAGCCGGAUGAAGGCUUAAUUGCAAGCGCACUGACGGGCUGCAACCUCAGCCACGCGCCGCACCACAUCACCGUCGUUAUUGUAUUGGAUCUCGGCAAACCCGAAGUUAUGUGGCGCUGCUUCGAGGAAUGCCACCUCGCUCUCAGACAGGCCAUCAGGUCGACUUUUAGCCCCCAGCUAAUUCAAGACAUGACGCUGCACAAAUUGAAAACUCUUCGAGAGCCAUGCCGACCGGCGGCGGAGAGCAAUAACGGCGAAGGCCGCGAGGAGUCGAGUGAUUUAUUUCCCAUGCGGCUAUGCAUCGUCGGAGGCAAAUACGAUCAGUUCCGCGACUUCGAGGGUGUCGACCGAGAGUUUGUCUGUCGAACGCUGAGGGCCGUCGCGCACGUGCUCGGUGCCACCCUGCACUUUCAUUCGGCUAAGGACUCACAGAUACUGAGAAGGACCAAGGAAUUGCUAAAGCUUUACGGCUUCAGCGGACAAACCACGAAAGUCAUGCAAAUGGACUACGAGAAGGCAUUAUCGGUGCCCGCAGGUCACGACUCCGUAUCGUCAAUCGACUUUCGCUCGUCUCACGACGACGACUACGCCGAGACCUUGGACGCGAUCAAGCGAAUCUACACACGCCGCUUCCCGCAAUCACAGCCCGAUGCGAGCGACGAUCCAGAAGACGACGACGACGACGACGACAACGACGACGAUCCGAAUUUCGCCGAGCCGAUUGUCGACCGAUUGCGAGUGCAGCGCGAACAGGAGAUCAGCGUACUGUUGAGGGACAUGCGCGAGGCGCCGGUCGCCGGUAUCCCGGUGCCGGAUCCCUUCUGAACGCGUAUCUUUGUCAAUACACUGGCUGCAAAUAAAAUAAGAGAACGAUGAAAAAGCGAUGAUCGCCGUUUAUCUGUUCGCAAGGCCUCGACCGUCGAAUCCGCAAGAGGGGAACGCUUGUGCAAACACGCGAAAUACGAAAUGCGAGCCGCCGAUUGAAUUUCUCGGCCUUCGACCCAUUUCUCAGCUCGGCUGUGAUAUGUAAUUGCACGGCUCGCAGCCGAAAGGAACAAUCGUACGAUUCCGCGGUAGGCGAUUCCUGGGCGCGCGUACAGCAGCGGACCGUGGCGUUAACGGAAUAUCAGUGCCGCGCCGACACAAUUACGCCGCCGGGUUCUAAUCGA